GUUACUUUGGAGCCCGACGUAAUCAGCUACAGCGCUGGGAUCAGCGCGUGCGAGAAGGGCGAGCAGUGGCAGCGGGCUCUGGCGCUGCUGAGCGAGAUGUGGGAGGCGAAGGUGGAGCCCAACGUUAUCAGCUAUAGCACUGGGGUCAGCGCGUGCGGAAAAAGCGAGCAGUGGCGGCAGGCUCUGGCGCUGCUGAGCGAGAUGCAUGAUUCGAAGCUGGAGCCCAACGUCAUCAGCUACAGCGCUGGGAUCAGCGCGUGCGAGAAAGGCGCGCAGUGGCAGUGGGCCCUGACGUUGGUGAGCGAGAUGUGGGAGGUGAAGCUGGAGCCCGACGUCCUCAGCUACAAUGCUGGGAUCAGCGCGUGCGAGAAAUGUGAGCAGUGGCAGUGGGCCCUGGCGCUGCUGAGCGAGAUGUGGCAGACGACACUGGAGCCUGAUGUC